AUGCCCCCCAAGAGACCCCCGCCCCUCCCCAAGAGCCUCUUCCUCGGCACAGGUCCCCUGGCUCCAGGCUCUGCAACUCUGCCCCCUUCUCCCACAACCAUUCACCCCAGCUUUAUCAUCGACUCUCACUCAUUCGUGACCUCCCACGAACCCACUCCAGACCCCAUCUACCACGGCCUCAAGGCCGAGUAUCCCAGGCCGCCCGUCAAGCAUGCGGUGCAGGUCAAGAUGAAUGUCAGUGCUGAACCUGCGCAAUCUGUCCUUGGCGUCAAGCCGUUCUCGAUCCACCCCACCAUUCUCAACCUCGCCCUUGCCACCCCACCCUCUGUCACCAACAUUGCCAAAGGCGCGGUGGACAUCAUUGUUCCGUCCACCGUUCCUUUGACGGAGAAGGACUGGGAUCUGCUUGACGAGGCCGUCGAUGCGCUCGAUGGCUGUUGGGGCCACAAGGAAGAAGGGAAAGAGCCUCGUGGAAGAAUCGUCAUCUCGGGCCUUCUCCUCCCUCCUCUCACCACACCAUCUUCUUUCUUGAUCCACUCGGAGGCCUAUAACCUCCACCUUUCCCGGCUCGCCUCAUUGUCUCUCCACUCGAACGUGUACUUGAAGGCUCUUCCUCCUGUCGUCGAUGCUGCCUUGUUGAAGAAGGACGGUAGUCCCGCUUGGUGGACAAACAGACCUGAGCUAGAGAGUGUCAUGAGGAUGUAUAUUGCUCAUGCAAUCGAAACCUUUGGCACUCAUCGAAUUAUCUUUGGUUCCUCCUCCGCUCUUCCCCUGUACGACCUCGAGCGUGUCAGCCAUACCGUCACUGAGCUCGAGCAGCCCAUCAGCAAUGGCGAAUGGUACUCAGUGCUGAGAAAAUGUGUGACGGAAUUGGGAGAAGGUCUCGAGGAGACGACCGGGAUAUUCGGGGAGAAUGCCAAAGCGGUCUAUGACUUUUCGGCCUAG